AUGCACGUGCCCCACACUGACGGGCCUACGAAAGGGGCUUCCGCCUCAGCAGAUCCACACGAUGCCAAAAACAGUGAUAAACACAACAAGGACAAGUGCCAGCGGGAGACCUCUCUAUCAUUUGACGACGUGGAGGAGUUGAGUCGGCGACGUGAGCAGUUGUGCAGUGACGUGGAGACUUCGCUUGCUCGCAUUGCCGAGAUACAGGCGUGGGUUCACGGUGCAAGCAAGAGCGAUGAUACCACCGAGGCCACCGCAAGGGAUGCGCAGCAGCGACAACAAGUGAAGGGUGCAAUGGAGGCUCUUACAGCGGCGCGUGCCGCGCUGUGGGCGGUGCCCACGCGUUUCUGGAAUGAUCUUCGUGGUUUGCGUCGCCCGCCGCUUGCUGUCGCCGUGGUUGUUCAAGCUGCUGUUUGUUUGUUGGGCGAGCAGCUGUAUAUAUCGUGGGACCACUGCCGCAGCAUCAGAGGCCUGCCGCGGCGGUUAGUGAAGCGCGAUCCGUCCGCCGUUACAGCUGUUUUGAUUGCCGCGGUGCGGCGGAGGGAUUUCGACUCGACGUGGACGUUUGACCGCGUCGUGCGUGUGCAUCCGACGCUGGGGCCACUGCAUCGGUGGAUUACGGCCAUGCUGCGGGCGAGCGAGGCCGCUCUGGCCGCCGCGGCGGGCGCCGUGGAGGACGUAGUGAGUGAAGAGUGCGGGAUGAAGAGCGCCACCGCGGCGGCCGAAACGGCUGCACUCAUGCGGGAGAUGGAGGAACACGCGGAGUACGUGCGGAUGGCGCGGGAUGAGCUGGCGGCGAUCGACGCGCUGCUGACGGACGUUGCAUACGAGGCGGAGCGGCUCAGUUUGAGUGCUGCGACGCCCUGCUCGUCGCCAAAGGCGUGCAGCAACACGGCUGCCUCCUCAACAGAGCCGUCGCGCCAGCCAUCGGAGAGGCAGGAGCCUCAGGACGCUGAAGCGUGCGACACCUCGCCUCCGCCGUGUUCCUCCUCCUCCACCGCCGCCGCCGUGUCUUUCAUUGUGCCUAGACUGCAACUCGAGGCCUGCCGUGCUGGGAGCGCCAACGGCGGUCCAGGCAUGGUGGCGAAUGCUGCCGAUAGCGACGCCGGCCCAUCGCUGCGGGCGAGGUUUGAAGAGCUGCGCACGACGCCGCGUAUUCGAAGCCCACGUUUGGGUCGUCCCAUCACUGGCUACAGAGCACACUCCGUCGGGGGCCUUAGAGGCAGGAUGGCAAGGGUGUCUCCAGGCGCCAUUUCUCCACGCGGCGGUGCUGCUCUCCUGCAAGAGCGCGCCGAUCUGCUGCAGCGCGUGCACGACUUGGAGGACAAGCUGAAGGAGGCGUACCAUCGAAAUCCCUCCAUGGCGGAGUUUCAGCUUAUGCGGGAUGAAAUGACGGCGGCCAAGCAGGAGCUUUUGGCGCUGCGGGCCGAACACAGUCAGCUACUGGGGCAGACGAAACGAUAUGCAUUGCAUCGAAUCAACGUGUCACGUGAAAGGAAAGCGGAGGGUAAGGCAUGUGACGAUAGUGACGCGGCCGCCAUGACGAUAAGCACGCUAGAGGAGAUGUUGCAUGUGGCGCACGCGCGGAUUCGGCAGCUGGAGAUGCAGGACACUCUGAGUGCGCUCCGCACCUUGAAUGAUGCCUCCGCUACCCCAGAGCAGAGGGACGGCUUGGCCCAGGCAGUCGGAGCAUCUCCUCCCUCCGCACCCGCAACGCUUCCCACGGGAGGCGAUGUGUGCGGUGCUGGGGUUUUUGUCGCAGCACCGCAACAGCAGCAGAAACGACUGGACGACAUGCUUCGGGAGCUGCAAAUGCAACAGGGCGCCCUCGCCGUGGCAGAGGAGCGCCUCAACCAGGAGAUGCACUUCCAUCACGCUACGAGGCAGCGGAUGCAUCAGCUGCAGGAGGAACUCAAAAGUGUUUGGAGACGGCUCGAGAGCGCCGAGUACCAGCUGAAAGUGGCACUAGAGGAGCGCGAGGACCACGUGGAAGCUGCGGGUGACGCCACCGCGCAUAGAUCCGCCUCGCAGCGGUCGCGUCUUGGUGCCGCAUCGCUGCAUCACGAGUUGAAGCAGCUUCGUCAGCGUGAGCUGGAGAGCCGGCAGAUGGUUGAGCGGCUGCGCGUGGAGUUGGACACGCUGAAGCAGCGUCAAGCGGAGGAGCGGCAACGGAGCAAGGAGCUUCGUGCCGCACGCGCCGUGAUGUUGGCACGGCUUGAGAAGACGUUUGCCGAGUCGCUGCGGCGGCAGGAGUGUGACCUGCGGGCCAUUCCAGAGGCACUCACGCGUGCGCGGAAGGAGAUGGAGCAGCUCAAUGUGCAGCGGCGUUAG